UUUCCACUGGCGGCCAAAAGUCCAAUUACCGCAGGGAAAGGAGCCUCUGAACGCAGAUUGACGUCCUCUCUACCUAUAGGGUAGGCCCGGGGACGGCGAGAACCUUCCCCGGAUGUGGGCGCGGCCCUGGGGUAGCUGUGAGAAGUCCUCCACCGCAGUUGUUUGGAGAGGCGGAGCUGAGAUCGUUUUCUUGGUUAUCAUGUGACGGGUUCUGGAUUUAAUGGGGGGGAAAGUGUGGAGUAGGCCAAGGAUCCAAACUGGCGAAUUCACUGAUCUUCGCGCCUCUCUCCGCUCUCUGGCCCACGGCUCUGCCAGGAUCAGUCCCACAUCCCAUUAUGGCAUCCUCUGGCCAGGAAAAGACACCAGCACAGUAAACCAAGAGCAUCCGCUUUUCAUACUGCAAUAUGAAGCACUUGCCAGCUACGUAAACAAGAUAUAUUUCCCAUUUUUCGACGUUGGCAACAGCCUUUUUAAACUGUUUAAAUGAGAAUGUCCUUGGCUCAGAGAGUACUACUCACCUGGCUUUUCACAUUACUCUUCUUGAUCAUGUUGGUGUUGAAACUGGAUGAGAAGGCACCUUGGAACUGGUUCCUCAUAUUUAUUCCAGUCUGGAUAUUUGAUACUAUUCUACUGGUCAUGCUGAUUGUGAAAAUGGCUGGACGAUGUAAGUCGGGCUUUGACCCUCGACAUGGAUCACACAAUAUUAAAAAAAAAACGUGGUACCUCAUUGCAAUGUUACUUAAAUUAGCCUUCUGCCUUGCACUCUGUGCUAAACUGGAACAGUUUACUACCAUGAAUCUGUCCUAUGUCUUCAUUCCUUUGUGGACCUUACUAGCUGGGGCUUUAAUAGAGCUUGGCUAUAAUGUCUUUUUUGUGAGAGACUGACUUCUAAAGACAUCAUCUUAUUUUAUUGCUGUUCAACAAGCUGUCAUUAAAGUAUUCCAAAUCUUUGCAAGCUUGAAGAAUACCAGAAAACUGAGAAAAAUACCAAAUGUAUUUUAUACUGCUUCCAUAAAAUAGUCUUGGUGAAUCAUGGACUUCUAGUCAACCCAAAGCUUAAUUAUUCAAUAUUUGAGUUAUUAAUAUCUUUAUUAUCCUUAUUUAAAUAAAGUUGGUUUUGGAUGUUA